GGGACCGGAGGCUGCAGCUGGUUGGACCGGUCUGACCAGAGGAGGGAGGGUUCAGAGGAAGCAGCUGUGAAAAAGGAAAAGAGGAGCAAUCAGAGCAAAGGAGGACGAGCAGGAGGUGCAGCUCAGCUCCCAGGAGCGCUGCUUUAUUAGUAAUGAAGUUAGGUGAGCCCACACUGAUUCACAACCGGGCUGGAUCGGUUCUGACGACCCGAUCCGACCUUCGCCUUCCACUUCAGCUGCUGACUGAAACCAGGAGUCAGGUUCUCGCCUGAGGCUACGUCUCUGAACGCCAUCAUGAGCAGUUACGAGGAGGGGAGCACGGGCGAAGGGAGCCAGGGAGCCAGACCGCCUCAGAAUGUCAAACCCAAACCCAACCAGAGCAACCAGAACCGCAAAGAGGACCAGAACUGCAAGGAGGACUACAGGAGGAAGGAAAGGCCGCAGAAGGUGAGAAGGUCCAGGAGUUCUGACUCGGAGAGGAUGGAGAGAGGCAGGAGGAGCGAACGGGACCGGCACCACAGGGAGAGGCGUCCUCGAGGCCGGAGCGAGGAGUCCCGGAGACGGGUCAGAAAGGAAGGGGAUCGGCAGCAUGGGAGGCCCGAUGAAGACGACAAGGAGGACACGGAGUGCAACAUAUGCUUCUGCUCCUACGAUAACGUCUUCAAGACACCCAAGCUGCUGGCGUGCGGCCACACCUUCUGCCUGGAGUGCCUCGCUCGCAUCAACGUGACCUCCCAGGAGAUCAAGACCCUGACCUGCCCCAUGUGCCGCGAGCUGACCGAGCUGCCCCACGGCCGGGACCUGCCCCGCCUCGGCAACAACCAGGUCAUCAUCGACAAGCUGCCGGCGGAGAUGCAGCGGGCGCUGUCCAUCCGCUUCAAACGCAGCAAGGGGAAGCUGCUGCUGAAGCACCCGCCGCCCAAAGGCAAACCCACCAGCAUCUCCGUCCCCACCAAGACCCAGGACCCCCCUUUGACCGCGGUUGGCGGCCUGAGCCUGGCAGAGCAGGGGGGCGCCGCGGCCUCCGUGCUGGACGUGGGGAGACCCCCGAACAGAAUGCGGGGUCGCGUGCGGCGCUUGUUCCGCUCGGAUCAGUGCUACUACGUUGUGGUGGCGUCCAUCAUCGCCAUCACCGUGGCGCUCAUGCUGGUGGGGAUCCUGGCCUUCGUCAUCAUGCCCCGCGUGUCCACCCCGCACGUCCAACCCGUCGCCAACCAAACGGACAACCCGCAUCUUUCAGGGGAAGAGACGUACCACCCGAAUGAUCCCUGAACGGAUCAAUUCAACCACCUGCGGUCACUUUUUAACGCGUCUGUUUCAGAAGGAUGAAGCCGGUGACGCUGUCCGACUGACGACAUGAAGAAAAACAAGAACCGCAGCAUUUUAUUCUAAAACAAAAAACCCAAACAAAACCAGCAGAGCGUGAAGCGGAACAGAGCCGCAGCUUGUUUUUAUCCUCUGUGUUUCAUGUGAAAACACAACCCCGAAAACAGGAAAAACAAACCGCUCCAGUCCGGAUGUUCAAAAGCACCGAACUGAAAGAUUUAGAUCUAACCGGCCCGAUGGGAUC